AAUAUAUAUGAUAGUAGUGAGUUUAGCGCACAUAGCUCACAUAUCAUUACAUCGACGCGCCGUUUAACGUUCUAAAUAAAAUUAGCGUUUUAUAUAAAUAAUAUAUCGAGAAGAAAAGUGCAGUGAAAAAUCUCGCUAUCGCUUCCUUCUCUCAAACGAGCGCGGUCAAUCGCCGGACAGUUGAAUCUAUUCAUCUUUACUUUCAUAUCAAGGAUAUAGAUAUACUUGGAUAUUAUAUUUAUUUUAUUAUUAUUUAUGAUAAUAAACUUUCACGCCUGCAUUGUAUUGUCGGCUUAGUUUUAACGAGAGUGCUUGCUCAAGAAGUCACUUUGUUUUUUUGGUUUAUUACAAUGAAGGACAUACAAUUGCAGCUUGAAAAAGAUGGAUACGUUGUUCUUGAAGAUUUCUUCUCUCCGGAAGAAGUUGAAGAAAUGAAGGCUUGCGGCGAAGAUUUAACAAAUAAUCUACCUCCAGAAAAUCAAAGAAAAGUUUUCAAUACUAUUGAACUUCAACAGAGUAAGGAUGAAUAUUUUAUGGACAGCGCUCACAAAAUAAGUUAUUUUUUUGAGUCAGAGUCAUUAGAAGACAAUGGAAAGUUAAAAGUUCAUCCAAGAGUAUCAUUAAACAAGGUAGGCCACGCACUUCACUGGCUUCAUCCAACUUUCAAAAGAAUAACAUUUGACGAAAGAGUAAAAGAAACAGCAUUUCAAUUAAACUUCCAAGAACCAGCAGUCUGUCAGUCGAUGUACAUCUACAAAAAUCCAGGACUUGGUUCAGAAGUGAUAGCUCACCAAGACGCAUCGUACCUGCACGUGGAGCCGAUGAAGCUGGUCGGGUUCUGGAUAGCGCUGGACGAUGCGACCCUAGAGAACGGGUGCUUGUGGGUCGCCCCGGGUUCCCACAAGAGCGGAGUCCAUCGGCGAUACAUCAGGAACAAAGAUUACCCCGAGUCGUCGAAAGAUAUCUUGAUAUACGACCGAGGAACCCCUUGUUAUCCGACCAGCAACUUCCGCGCAGUCCCAGUACGCAGAGGCUCCUGUAUUCUUCUCCACGGGCUGGUUGUACACUUCUCCAAAGCCAACAAGAGCGAUAAAUCACGGCACGCAUACACUUUUCAUGUUAUUGAAACUAAGCUGACCACCUACGCUAAAGACAACUGGCUCCAACCCCCAGAGGGUGGCUUUCCGCUUCUUUAUAAAAAUUAGAUUUUUUUUACCUACUGCAUUUAUUAUUAUAAUUGUUAUUAUUGUUGAAAAUAAAUAAGAUUGCAU